UUUUUUCUGUUGCAUUUACAGGAUAUUCAAUCAAUUAUAUUAGAAUGGCACAAAUAUUAGAUGGCAAAAAAUUGUCUGCAAAAAUCAGGACAGAUUUGGCAAGAAAUGUUUCUGAAAUGGGUGAAAAACUGGAUGGAUUUCAACCUGGUUUGGCAAUUGUGCAGGUUGGAGCAAGGGAGGAUUCAAACGUUUACAUCCGGAUGAAAAUAAAAGCUGCCAAAGAAAUCGGAAUCGCGGCAAAUCAUUUCAAACUUCCACGAUCUACAACUGAAGCAGAACUUGUGGAAAAAAUUGAGAAGUUGAACUAUGACAGUGGUGUGCAUGGAAUAAUCCUUCAACUACCAGUAGAGAGUGACUUUCCCAUAGAUGAGGAUACUGCAAUGAACUCAAUACAUCCAGAUAAGGAUGUGGAUGGUCUGCAUCAUUUUAAUGCAGGGAAAUUAAGCAAAGGAAUAAUUGGUGAUGAUACAUUUGUUCCAUGCACUCCUCUGGGAUGUUUGGAGCUUAUCAAGCAUACAGGAGUACAGAUUUCUGGCAAGCGAGCUGUUGUGAUUGGUCGAAGCAGAAUCGUUGGAUCUCCCAUAAGCGAAUUACUCAAGUGGAACAACGCUACCGUCACAAUGUGUCAUUCAAAAACCGAGAAUUUACAAGAAAUUGUUUCAACGGCUGAUAUUUUGGUGGUGGCCAUUCGCCAACCGCAGAUGGUGAAGGGAGAGUGGGUCAAGCACGGAGCUAUUGUGGUCGAUUGUGGAAUUAACCCAAUUCCUGAUUCAACCAAGAAAAGUGGGCAAGCAUUGGUUGGGGAUGUUUGUUAUAGUGAAGUAUCUAAGGUAGCAUCAUGGAUCACACCCGUGCCUGGAGGUGUGGGUCCAAUGACAGUAGCCAUGCUGAUGAGGAACACAGUGCAUGCAGCACAGAAAGUUUUAGAUAAACGACUUUCACCAUCGUGGAAUAUAAGGUACCUCCCCCUUAAACUUCUGGACCCAGUACCAAGUGACAUAGAAAUAGCAAAAAAGCAGAAACCCAAAGACAUCAACGUAUUAGCUGCCGAGAUUGGUCUUUUGCAUGAAGAGGUUAACUUGUAUGGGAAGAAAAAAGCAAAAGUUUCACUAGAUGUUUUAAACCGAUUGAAAGACGUGGAGAAUGGAAAAUAUGUUGUGGUCACUGGUAUAACACCCACACCACUAGGGGAGGGCAAGAGCACGACCACUAUUGGCCUUGCACAAGCGUUGGGUUCGCAACUGAAUAAAAAUAUUUUUGCUUGUGUUCGACAACCAUCGCAGGGUCCAACAUUUGGAAUAAAAGGUGGAGCAGCAGGUGGAGGAUAUUCACAAGUUAUUCCAAUGGAUGAGUUUAAUCUACAUCUUACUGGUGACAUUCAUGCGAUCACAGCAGCAAACAACCUUCUAGCUGCAGCAGUCGAUGCUUGUAUAUUCCAUGAAUCAACACAGAAGGAUGAAGCUCUUUAUUCACGUCUUGUACCCAAGAAAAAGGGGAUCAGAGAAUUUUCAAAAAUUCAGAUUCGAAGAUUAGAGAAGUUAGGAAUCACUGAGCGUGACCCGGACCAACUUACCCCAGAGGAUCGAACCCGUUUCUCGCGACUCGACAUCGACCCUGACCUGAUCACAUGGCAGCGGGUGAUGGACACAAACGAUCGAUUCUUGAGGAAAAUAACCAUCGGACAAUCACCAACUGAGAAAGGAAAAGAACGAACGGCUCAGUUUGAUAUCACAGUGGCUAGUGAGGUUAUGGCAGUCCUCGCACUAACCACCAGUAUAUCGGAUAUGAGAGAAAGGCUUGGCCACAUGGUGGUAGCAACGAGUAGAUCAGGUGAUCCAGUGACAGCUGACGAUAUUGGAGUAACGGGUGCGUUGACCGUGUUAAUGCGAGAUGCAAUUCAACCCAACCUGAUGCAAACGUUGGAGGGAACCCCUGUAUUCGUGCACGCUGGUCCAUUUGCGAACAUCGCACACGGGAACUCAUCCAUACUUGCCGAUAAAAUUGCUCUUAAGUUAGCUGGUCCAGAUGGUUACGUGGUAACUGAAGCAGGAUUUGGUGCGGACAUUGGAAUGGAAAAGUUUUUCAACAUUAAAUGUCGAAGAUCUGGUCUGCGUCCUCAUGCUGUUGUGUUGGUGGCCACGAUUCGUGCGAUCAAAAUGCACGGAGGAGGUCCUACUGUUGUGGCUGGGAAACCACUGGCAAGGGAAUACUCUGAGGAACACCUAGAAUUAUUAGAAGCUGGUUUUUCAAAUCCCCGCAAACAAAUAGAAAAUGCCGGAUAUUUUGGCGUGCCUGUUGUAUUUGCGCUGAACAGGUUCGCAACAGACACAGAUGCUGAGGUGGAAACCACGUUAAGACUCGCACGGGAAAGUGGAGCAAUUGAUGCUGUUUGUGCAUCACAUUGGUCGCAUGGUGGUGUUGGAGCCGUUGAUCUUGCAAAGUCUGUUGUCCAGGCAACAGAAGCACAAAGUGACUUCAAGUUUUUAUAUCCUCUUGAAAUGGGAAUAUAUGAGAAGAUUGAAACAAUUGCCAAGAAAAUCUACGGAGCUGAUGGAAUUGAGUUGCUGCCUGAAGCUCAAGCUAAAGUUGAACUUUACACUAAACAGGGUUUCAGCCACCUCCCGAUAUGCAUGGCUAAGACACAUCUCUCGCUCUCCCAUAAACCCGAGCUAAAAGGAUCUCCACGAGGAUUCGUUCUUCCGAUCCGAGACAUCCGGGCAAGCGCGGGAGCAGGUUUCCUCUUCCCACUAGUGGGCACUAUGAGCACAAUGCCGGGGUUACCGACGAGACCCUGCUUCGUUGAUAUCGAUAUUGACCCAGACACGUUGGACGUAACUGGAUUGUUUUAACCACUAGGUGUUGUUGGUGUUUGCUUUCUUCUAUGUGAUGAGUAUCUUAUUCUUGGAAUCUGAUCUUUAAUUAUAAAAUAACGUACCCAACAUCGUGUUCGCAAUUAUAAUAAUUUACCCAAAUUAAAUUUCCUCCACACUCUGAACUGAUUGCGUUUAAUUCUAGUUCUAUGCAAUACAUCAUUUUGUGUUGA